AUGCGUAUAGUUGUGGGUUCGGAACCUGGCAAGUACCAAUGUGACUUUUUCCGAGUUACAGGUAGAGCGCGGCCUGCGGACGACAGACUCGGAGCGUCUUAUCGUUCAACCAGCAGCAGGCCGCGGUGUCCUGCGGUCGGGGUGACAGCCGCAGUUGGUGACAAACACUAUCUGGCGGGCCAAUACCCGUCGGAGAGAUGCGACGAAUGCUUCGGCGAUACCCGCCUCUCCGACACAUGGGUAAAUGGAGGAACACCGGCAUACAUCUUAUCAGAUGCUGGAUAUGACGUAUGGAUGGGUAACGCACGAGGGAACACCUAUUCUCGAAGGCACGCAUCUUUAAAACCUACAUCUUCCGCGUUUUGGAAGUUUAGCUGGCAUGAAAUAGGUUACUAUGAUCUUCCAGCAAUGAUAGACUAUGUUCUCAAAGAAACAAAAGUUCCUAAGAUCCAGUACAUAGGUUUCUCUCAAGGUACAACAGUAUUCUGGGUCCUCAUGUCAACAAGAUCGGAAUAUAAUGAAAAAGUUGCUGCGAUGCAAGCCCUAGCACCUGUAGCAUAUAUAGGAAAUAUUAAGAGUCCUCUUAUCAAAGCUAUUGCACCUUUCACAAAUUCUCUCGAGACGAUGCUACCGGUAGUGAUGGGCCACACACCAGCAGGGGCAUCGACGAGGCAACUCAUACAUUUUGGCCAAUUAUACAAAUCCGACAAAUUUGUACAAUUCGACCACGGCUGGCUCACCAACAAACGGAUUUAUGGGACUUUCAAACCGCCAGCAUAUAACUUAGGAGUUAUAAAAACUCCAGUGUUUCUGCACUACGCUGAUAACGAUUGGCUAUCCACACCAAAAGACGUUAAGAAGUUGGCUGCAAAAAUUCCAUCCGUCGUCGGAACUUUCAGAGUACCACUUGGAAAAUUCAACCACCUAGACUUUGUUUUUGCAAUUAACGCAACAGAACUAAUUUACAGCAGAGUCUUAAACAUAAUGUCGCAAUUCAAAAACCAGACCUCGAACUAA